CUAACUUUCCAAAAAGCCCCUUACCAACCGAAACUCAUCAUGCCUCCUAGAAGACAAAAUCCUCCUCGUCAACGAGCUGUUCGGGACAUAGAGAUGGAAGAACUAUGUCAACAAAUUCAAAGGCUUCAAGAAAGACUCGAACCUUUUAAGGGACAACAAGCUCAACACCCACAAGAUGAACCACAUGAGUCAGAAGAAGAUACUGAUGACAAGAAUCCCUUCCAUCACUUAAGGAAUGAUGAAAGCUCAUCAUCAACAGAAAGAGUUCAUUUUGAAGGUCGCCUUCAACCAGAUGAAUUUAUCGACUGGUUGCACACUGUGGAACGUGUGUUUGAACUCAAGGAUAUUCCUGACGACAAGCGUGUGAAGCUCGUCGCCAUCAAAUUAAAGAAACAUGCAUCCAUUUGGUGGGAGAAUCUCAAACGCAGUCGAGAAAGAGAAGGCCGCAGCAAAAUUAGAACUUGGGAGAAAAUGUGUCGGGAGCUCACUCGUAAGUUCUUACUUUACCGUUACUACCAAGAUAAUUUUGUUAAAUUUCAUAACUUGCAACAAAAAUCUUUGACUGUGGAAGAAUAUACUAUGGAGUUCGAACAAUUAAUGAUGAAGUGUGAUGUCCGAGAAAAAGAAGAGCAAACCAUAGCAAGAUAUCUUGGAGGAGUAGACAAUGACAUUUCCAAAGUAGUUCAACUUCAACAAUAUUGGACUUUGGAUGAUGUCAUUCGGCUAGCAUUGAGGGUUGAAAAGCAAAUCUCAAAGAAGAAUAUUAUUAUUGCUUCAAAACCACGAGAUUUUGAAGCUAGCCAAGGGACCCAAGCCUCAAAGAUUGUUGCUGAGACACCUGCCAAAGUUGAGAAGGAAGCUAGUUCAAGUUGUCCAGCCCAGCCUAACACUCGAAAGUGUUUUAAGUGUCAAGGAUUUGGCCACAUUGCCUCCGACUGUCCCAAUAGGAGAAUUAUCACCAUUAUCGGAGGAGAGAUUCAUGAAGUCUUAGAUGGUGAAGCAGAAAAGAAGAUUAGUGAUGAGAUUGAGCCACAACUUGAGGAAGAACUCAUCGCAGCUGACCAUGUAGAAUCUUUGGUUGUGCGUCGAAGUCCUCAUGAUACCAUAACCAAGGAUGAAGAUUGGCUCCGACAUAACAUCUUUCACACCAGAUGUACUUCUUGGGGGAAAGUUUGCAACGUCAUCAUUGACAGUGGAAGUUGUGAGAAUGUUGUGUCUAGUUAUAUGGUUGAGAAGCUAGGACUGCCAGUCGAAGAUCUUUCCCAUCCAUACAAGUUACAAUGGCUACGAAAGGGAAACGAGGCUAUCCAUGACGGCCAUGCCAACACUUACUCGUUUGUGAAAGAUGGUGUGAAGGUCAAGCUUACUCCCCUGAAGCCUGAAGAGACACUUGAAAAGAAGGAUGAGGACAAGGCUUUAAUCUCCAGAUCAACCUUUCAGAAGUUGCAUCAAGAAUCGAGGACAGCUUGUCUCUUGUUAUUAUCUAAAGUGAAUGAUGCCACUUCCCCUUUUCCAGAGGAAAUUCGAUCUCUCCUUGAAGAAUUUUCUAAUGUUGUUCCUGAUGAGACCCCUCAUGGAUUACCGCGAACUCAACGAAGCAAGGAUUCUAACAUGGUUGUGCCUACAAGACCAAACUUUCAGGUGACCAUGGAGUCUCUGCUACUUUUAAUGUUGCUGACUUAUCUCCUUACUAUGAGGAUCAUGAGCAUUGAACUCAAACUCGAGGACAAGUUUUCUCCAACCAGGGGAGAAUGCACCAGGAAAAAACAACAAGCAUGCAGAAACUACUCUGCAGCACCACUAGGCCGGUGCAACUUUGUCAACAUGACCACAAGUCUUGCUAACCUAAGUGGUGAAUUUGGCAAUCGAAUUUAUCGUAAUAGGAUUCUAAAUCUCGCCAAAAUCGGUGUUUCGGUAUCGACUCCUACGCCACAUAGCUUACCUGAAUUCAUGUAUGGAUCUUGUGUAAAUCAAAAGGUCUUCGUGGUUUGCUCAGAUGAAUGUGAUACUUGCUUGGCAGUUUGGCUUUUCAGCAAGGUGUCACCAACAUCACUUCCGCUACCAGAUUGAAAUAAGGGUUUUAGAGACUAAUUGCUGCAAGUUAAUUUGAAGAACCAGAGGCCUGCAAAAUGAUGUAUCCUUUAUACACAGCAUACAUAAUCUAUACAUCAGAUAAGUAGAUCUUAUACAGAAUGAAAUAAUUGACACUGGACAGACCUGAAUGCACUGGCAAUACUUGUUUUGAGCAAAUUCUUUUUUUACAAUUGUAUCCACUUUUAUGCCUGGCUGAAUAUAGACUUUUGUUAAUU